UCCAGAAGAAAUUAUUUCUUUCUUCAUUUUCCAAGUCAAAGAAGAACAGCAGCAGAGAGAGGAUAGACUUUCCGACAGCAACCUAAUUAACAGCAACACCACAGUUUCACUUCCCAUACGUUUUCUAGGGUUUUGAAUUCUCGUUUCCUUUCAUUCCGAAUCUAUCAUCAUCCCAAUUCUACUCAGGGUUUCCAUAUCAUUUCUGUCGAUGCAGUAAUAAACAUUUCUAGGGUUCUAUCAAAUCAGUCAUGGUACCUAUAGGAAGAAGAAGAAUGAAGAGAAAAGGGGAAAUUGAGUUUGAACUAGGGUUAGUGUUUCUGGGGAUAUUGUUCUUAUUUUCGAGUAUUGGAGGAGUAGAAUGCCAGUGCAGAAGGGGAUGUGAUCUCGCUUUAGCUUCUUAUGAAAUAUGGGCAGGUACAAACCUUACAUUCACUUCACAAAUUUUUAAUACUAAUGACCAGGAGAUUCUCAAAUACAAUCGUCAAGUUCCUAACAAAGAUCUUAUUGUAGCUGGUGAAAGAUUGAAUGUCCCUUUUACAUGUGAUUGCCUUGAGGAACAACGUUUAGGUCAUAAUUUUACUUAUAUUCUUAAACCUGGUGGUACUUAUGAAAAAAUUGUGAAAUAUUACGCUAAUCUUACUACUGUUGGGGAUUUGACGAGAGAAAACAAAUAUGAUAAUCCUAACAAUAUACUUGAUGGCUCCCUGGUAAAUAUCAUUGUAAAUUGCUCUUGUGGAGAUGAAAAGGUGGAUGAUUAUGGGUUGUUCGUGACUUAUCCUUUACUUCCCGGUGAUAACUUGAGUUCUAUUGCUAAGCAAUUCAAUAUCAGUUCUGAUUUGGUGGGGAGAUACAACCUGAACACGGAUUUCAGCAGCGGGAAGGGACUGGUGUUUAUUCCUGGCAAAGAUGCAACGGGAAGCUACCCACGCUUGAAACCGAGCACAGGAGGACUUCCUGCUGGAGCCAUUGUUGGAAUAGCAGUUGGGAUAGUAGCUUUUGCACUAUUAUUGGCAGUUUGUACAUAUAUUGGACUUUCUAGAAGGAAAAAGGCAAAGAAGGCAUUAUUGCUCUCCGAAACAUCUGAAGGUUCUCGAGGCAACUUUAAUAAAUCAGUCGAAUUAGCUUCUCCAACCGCCCUUGCUUCGCCUAGGGUUACAGGUAUCACGGUGGAUAAAUCAGUGGAGUUUACGUAUGAAGAGCUCGCCAGAGCAACCGAUGACUUCAGUUUGGCUAAUAAAAUUGGUCAAGGUGGCUUUGGAGCUGUUUACUACGCUGAGCUUAGAGGCGAGAAAGCUGCAAUCAAGAAGAUGGAUAUGCAAGCAUCAAAAGAGUUCCUCGCGGAACUGAAAGUUCUUACUCGUGUUCAUCACUUGAAUCUGGUGCGCUUGAUUGGAUAUUGUGUCGAGGGUUCUUUGUUCUUAGUGUACGAGUUCAUUGACAGUGGAAACCUAAGUGAACAUUUACGUGGAACAGAGAAGGAACCAUUGCCGUGGUCCACAAGGGUGUACAUUGCUCUCGAUUCUGCAAGAGGUCUUGAAUACAUCCACGAGCACACAGUUCCUGUUUACAUUCAUCGUGAUAUCAAAUCUGCAAACAUUCUGGUAGACAGAAACUUCCGCGGAAAGGUUGCAGAUUUUGGGUUAACAAAGCUAACUGAAGUUGGAAGUGGAUCCUUGCAAACACGGGUUGUGGGUACAUUUGGAUACAUGCCGCCUGAGUAUGCUCAAUGGGGUGACAUCACCCCCAAGGUUGAUGUCUAUGCUUUCGGGGUUGUCCUGUAUGAACUUAUAUCAGCAAAAGAAGCCGUGGUUAGGUCAAAUGGUUCCAGUGUUGAAUCAAGAGGACUCGUCUCUAUGUUUGAAGAAGUUCUUAAUCAACCCGAUUCGAAUGAAGAUCUUCGCAAACUAGUCGACCCUAGGCUUGGAGACAACUACCCUUUUGAUUCAGUCCGCAAGUUAGCUCAACUUGCAAAAGCUUGCACGCACGAGAAUCCCCAAUUGAGACCUACCAUGAGGUCAAUUGUGGUCGCAUUAAUGACACUUUCAUCAUCAACAGAGGAUUGGGAUGUUGGCUCCUUCUACGAAAACCACGGUCUAGUGAAUCUAAUGUCAGGAAGGUAAUUACGGAAACUACCUCAUGACACAUAUUUCCCUUAUCAACUCUCACAGUUUCAUUUGUAAAUGUAUUUUGGUACACAAUUGUAUAUCAUGUAAAUGCCAAGAACUGGACUGAGUGUUUAAACUUUGAAAGGUUUGAUGUAUCUGAUUAGCUGCUUGAUAAAUUUGCUGCAAAAAGAAAGAAAAACAAAUUGCUGUAAAAUUAAAAAAAUAAAAUGCUGUACAUUAAAAUUACCUUGACUCGUUAUCGAGAUUUUAAACGAGGAGCCUAGAGCUCGAGUUAUCUUGCCAA